CAUAAUUUCCUUUGAUUCCUACCACUGGAGAAAGAAUUCAUAGUUUGGGCUCCUUUGUUUAAACAUCUGACAUCUCCACUUGAUAUCUUUGAUGGACUCACCAACGCCAAUUAUUGAUUUUCAUCAAUUUCAAGUACAAACGGACUUUAAAUUGGGCGUGUGACUCUAACAGGCAUUUCGGGGCAGUCCGAUAUUGAUAACAUCCAAUUUGGGAUGCGCUGCUGUUGUACGGCUUCUGAUACUCUUUGUCCAAUACUUUCUGUAAAUCCUUUCACCUGUUGCGACUUGUUUAAAUUGUCUCAAAAUUCCUCGCCCGAAUUCAAACUGUGCCGUUUUCCCUUUUUCCUUCUCGAAGUCCUUUUUUCUAUCUACCAAAUCUCUUCUUGCAGUCACUGCUACGCAGUCAGGUAUCAAAAUGCAUUUAGGAAGCCUUAUAUACCUGUUAGCCCCUGCACUAUGUCUUAUCAAUUGCGUUCUAGGCCAAAGGGACCAGAGGAACGUUCCAAGGUACCGAGCUGCCGAACUAUGCUUGAAACCAAACGCUCUCCAGAGCGGGUCUGCAUUGGAUGGAGAGAAAGAGGCUCUGAAUAAGGAUGAAGUCACCCCUUCUAGAACCUCAUCGAACAACUUCAUCAACUACUGCAGCGGGAAGACAUUAACAAACGGCAAGAAGAAUAAGGAGGGAUCUUGCAAUGGGAUCCCCAUGGGCGAGAUUCCUUCAACAAAACACAUGGUUUCUACACUGAUCACAUCUCCCUCGCCGGGCGAUACUUUCAAGGUCAAUCAGCCGAUUGUCUUCAAAAUCGCAGUUCGGAACAUCGAAAUGGGGUUCUACACAAAUUCAAAUGUGACAUACCUCUCUGCUCCCCAGGCAUUAAAUAACGAAGGACUCGUACAAGGUCACACACAUCUCACUGUUGAGUUUAUGGGACCUACCGCCAUCUCGAUUAAAGCCCUUGACGCGAACAAUCCGACUUGGUUCAAAAGCGUCAACAGUCCGAAUAAUAAAGGAAACAGUUUCACCGCUAGGCUUGAUGCGGGUCUUGGGAAGGCCGGAUUUUAUCGCGUUUGCACUUUGACAGCAGCAGCCAACCAUCAGCCUGUCAUUAUGCCGGUUCCCAAGCGCGGCGCGCAGGAUGACUGCACCAAAUUCAAGGUUAAUCCUUAAUAAGCGGGGACCGAGGGGGGAAGAUAUGUAAAAUUAGAUAGGCACCAACUCGCAGAAGAUUUCUAUACCCAUCCUCAGCACUUCAGCUAGUUAUCCGGCUUCCUUCCUUCGGCCUUUCUUCCCUCUGCAGCUUCGAGCUGUUCACUCAUAUGCCUCAUGUCAAAUCGCCUGCUGCUCUCAGCCUAUCCUUCGCAAUCUCCGCUAGCGACAUGUUUCAUAUGCCAUUAUUUGACCGCGCAAUACUGCCGAGCAUUUGUCUAGGAUCAAUCCCAUCUGGCCCAUCACACUCGUAUGUAGGACCAUAAAAUAUUACUCUCGCCAUCUUCGUUUCGUCGUCUGUAGCACCUAGGAAAAGAAAAUCCAGGUGUACACUAGAUUUUCUCAU